GGGUGGUCUUUUAAAGGCAAAGUAUUUCAAGAUAUUUAUAAAGAACAGUAUUUGCGUUGUUUGACAAUAAAAGAGACGAUAAUCACUUAAUAGUAAUGAGCUAUACAACCAAUGAGAAUUCUGUCAAAAUGUCAUUACUGUAAAAAUCCAGUAUCGGACUUGCACCUAAACAAAGAGAUGGAUUAGGCCAACUACUCAACUACACAUGGAUAUGCAUGCAGAGCACAGCACCAGAGCAAGUUGUUGUACUGUGUGGUACGGGGUGCAAGCAGCUCGGAUGCAUAGUGAUACACUGUUCACUGAUAUUUUAUGCUCUCGGCGCCCACAACUUAGUUCAUUGUUGUUUCACCACUACCAGAAGUAGCACUGUCGUAUUUGGUCAUGAAACCUUUGUGAAUAAGGAUAAUUACAAAUAACAAAUGCUAUACAUCUUCCGUCCAUCAUGAAAAUGAAGUGGAGCCAGGAGGACAUGGCCAAUGCAGUAAGGGCAGUCCGUCAGGAUAAGGUCCCUCUGCUACGAGCUGCAACCAUAUUCAAAGUCCCACGAAACACGCUGAGAUACCGCAUUGAGAAUGACAUCCCACUUGAGGAGCUAAAGUUUGUCCAGCGGGGCCCCAUCACUGCCCUCUGUCGAUCUGACGAGGAAGCCCUUGCCAACUUCAUUGUUUACCUGGACAAGCAUGGCUUCAUGCUGCACAAAGACGUCAUCAAUGAGUUUGCCUUGUCCAUGGCCAAGAAGGAAGGCACCCACAAUAAGUUCAAUAAAGGGGCUGGACCAGGAAAGCAGUGGUGGGCGGGCUUCCGGCAACGGCAUCCAGAAGUGAAACUGUGGAAGCCACGCCGGAGUCACCCCAGGACACAGGCCUGUGUCUCCAUGAAGAACAAAGUGAAGCGUCACUUUAAGACACUGAAGAAAAUCCUUGACGAGCACAACGUCAGGGACAGAAAGCGAAGGAUCUUCAACUGUGGGGAGUCUGGUAUAGAGGUGGAUCUUCCAUCUCGUUCAACAAGGAGUGGACGAGGAGCUGGAAUUGUGGAAAGCAAGGAACACAUCAGUGUGCAGCUCUGCGUGACGGCGUCUGGAGAGGCUCUCCCGCCCAUGAUUAUAUUCAGUGGGAAACGUCCUCCCAAGGGUAAGUGCAUCCAAGGUGGCCCGCCGGGAACCCUGUAUGCCCAUUCCAAAUUGGGCUUCCUGAAUGCUGAGCUCUACCUGCUCUGGUUCAAGGAAAUUUUCCUCAAGUACGUGACUUUCCGCCCUGUCGUGCUGAUUCAAGAAGGAACAACCUGUCACCUGACUCCAGAGAUAGUCCAGUGCGCACAGGAGAAUGAUGUUGUCUUGUACUGCAUCCCAAUGGGCACAUCGAGUGUCUUGCAACCCCUGGAGGUGAGCAUCAUGGAGCCACUCAAAGAAGAGCUGAAGAGAACUGUUGCUCAGCUCCAAGAGUGCAGCACUGACCCAGGCCCCAUCAUCACCCGCAAUAACUUUACCUCGGUUUUCAGAGAGCCCUUCAGCAACGCCAUGAUGAAACACAUCAUCCGAAAGGGCUUCAAGAAAACCGGGAUUUAUCCGUGGGAUCCCAAACGCAUCGGCAGUGAUGAGAAGACAGAAGGAGCACAACAUGACUCGCAAGUACAUGUAAAAGAGGAAGAGAUGGGCACUGUUCAUGUGGACAUAUCUGAGGUUCCAGAGCCGAUCCGAGGUCCAGACAACCAGAUCAUUGAAAUGAUCGUCACCGCAGACGAUGUAGACUCAGGAGCGGUAGUGAUUAACCAGGUCAUGGACAUGGUUGUGUGUUCUACAGAGCCUGAGCAGGAAGAGAUCAAAGCCAAUAAGGAAGUGCAGUCAAUAUCAAGUGAUGACCUUGAUGAUUUCUUGGCCGAAGAUGAGGACUUGAGCGAGACAGAUUUGGAGUCAUCGGAGGAAGAAGAUGAUGUGAAUGUUGUUGUAGAUUAGCAGCUUGUUUGCAAAUGCACUCAGUUUAUAAAAAUUAACCUCGGCAUUUACCCUAACUCCACAGGCAUUCCAGUUCCAGAGAAACCCCCACCACAGAAAAACGAAACAGCCAACAGAAAGCCCAAUGAAAAGUACGUGUAAAAGUGUUGGGCCGUACCUCGUUCCACAUUACCUGAUGGAUUUUUGAAAGAUCUGUUAGGGUUGGGUUAAAUCCUACAGAAUCUAUCAAUAUCCAACACUUCUGUUAUGCAGUAAACCGUGGAACUUUUGUCCCAGCUGAUGGACUUGUACUCCAGAGGCAUUUCAUAACUGGAUUCUUUUUGAAUCAAUAGGGUGUCUAGGCUUUGGAGAAAACCUCAACAGAAUCACAGCUGUUCAUGUUAAAGACAUUUUUGAGUGGCUUUUGAUAUUUUCAACCUGUUCUUUUAGCACUAAACUUGGCAGUAUCCAGUGUAUUUCAGCGAUAACUUCUGAUAUAUUGUCAGUAUUCUGCAAUCCCAUUUGUCUUGAGCUGUCCAUGUUUAAACUACAGUGUGCUCCUGAAUCCCCAUCAGUGCUGGAUUGUUCACUUAAUAGCUUUUCGCAAGCUACAUGUAAUCAUACCUUAGUUUAAGAUAAUAAUGAUCCUUUUCAAGACUUCGUACCACUCCAGCAUACAAACAGUAGUGGAAACGGGAACAGUGUUUGUAAUGUUAGUUACCGGUACUUUGCCAGGAGAGUGAGAAGACUCAAAUUUGCAACACUAACUGUACAAAAUAGUUCUAAAAUGGAAACAAUCCUGAGAUGUGCAUAAAUACAUGUAGUGACUGUGAGUGUUGUAAGAAUAAUCUCAUGAGGCAAAAGAUGCGAUGCUCCAUUGGACAGAUGUGAAAGUGAAACAUCCAUUAUUUAUUCAGUACAAUUAUAAAUCCUUCCAACGUGUAUAUGUACUGUACAAGUUAAGAAAUCCCUUGUGUCCAAGCAGUGGAAUCAACAUUUACCAGGAUAGGGAAACUUCUUGCGGAGCGGCCGUGCCUUGCAUUGGGGCGAAUAAGUCAUGGACAAAUUCAGAUAAGUAGCAGGGUUCAUAUAACAGGAAUUUAUUCAAGGAGUUGUACAAUAAAGUUGGACAGUGGAUACUGAAAUUAAAGUGAACUUGCUGAGGAGCUUGUAAUGUAAGAGUAUUUGCAGGGUGUUUUUUGAUUAAACCAGAAUUUGAACACAAAA